CCAAUAUUUAUUUAAUCUUCUUGCAAUAAGAAUUCAUCUUUUCAAUUUUUUAAAAAUGGCCACGAUCGACCCUAAUCAAACCCUGUACAUUACCAAUAUUAACGGUCGUAUUACUGUUGAAGAACUUAAAUCAUCCUUGUAUGGUUUGUUCUCGACCUAUGGACCUAUUUUGGAUAUCACAGCUAAAAAGACUCAAAAGAUGCGCGAACAAGCUUUUAUUGUGUACAAUAACGUUGCUUCUGCAACAACCGCAAAAAGAAGCUUAAAUGGCUUCACAUUUUUUGAUAGACCUAUUAAAAUCGAAUAUGCAAAGACUAAAUCAGAUACUAUUGCCAAGUUAGACGGUACCUUUAGACUGAGGACACAUGAUGCCAAUGAGACUGUUUUGGGAAAGAGAAGUUCAGAGGAAGAGGGAAGCUCUGCUAAAGUGGCAAGAACCGAGGAAAGUGAUGAUGAUAGCGAUGAUCACGCAUAGCUAUAAUAUACACACAAUCAGCAAAAUAAAAUAAAGACAGAGGCAGUGUCCAUAUAAUAAACGACAUUUUCCCUAUAUUAUUUAUUUUUCAGGGGAGUAUCGAAACAACUAUUUUGACAGAAAACCCAUCAUCUGACCUUCACAAAAAAAUUGCAAAAAUAACCC